AAUAUAUAGGAUGGACAGCCGUCGAAUCAUGGACGUGAUGAUCCUCGAUUACAGAAAAGACUGACGUCCAGGACACACCGGAAGCUUUGCUUCCAACAUUCCCAAUGGCGUCGCUGGUCCGUCCGUUGCAAUCUGCCUUAUCGCGCUCGACCUCGAAUGGUCCAGAGGAGGGCAAAAAUGAGGACGUUGUUCAGAGCACGUCAAUCCAGGCACAGGCAGAUGGAGUGGGUGAAUUGUCCUUCGAUGAGUAUACCCAAGGUGGUCUCGGGCGGCAUCUGGGCAUUGUCUCAACUGCAUUCCUGAUUGUCGGUCGCAUCAUCGGAACUGGUAUCUUCUCGACACCUUCCUCGAUCGUGGAGGGCGUAGGGAGUGUCGGUGCAUCUUUGAUGCUUUGGGUCCUAGGAUUGUUCCUCUCUGCGGCUGGCCUAUGCGUUUGGCUUGAGUUUGGAUGCAUGAUUCCUCGCAGUGGAGGAGAGAAGGUCUAUCUGGAAGCUGUAUAUCGUCGGCCAAAGCAGUUAAUCACAGUUGUAUUCGCCGUGCAGGCGAUCGCAUUAGGAUUUACAGCGUCCGGUUGUAUCAUUUUCGCCUCCAAUAUCGUGGUUGCUGCGGAUCGAGAAGCGAGCGAAUGGGAAGAGCGUGGAAUCGCAAUUGUUGUCAUUGUCUUCGUGACUUUGCUUCAUACAUUCUUGCCAAAGUUAGGCGUUCGUGGGAUGAACUUCAUUACUACGGUUAAGAUUAUCACCCUUCUUUUUAUCGUCGUUACAGGAUGGGUAGUCCUCAGUGGCCGAGUCCAUCGAGUGCAAGACCCUCAUGCGAGUUUCCGCAAUGCCUUUGCAGGCUCAGUGCAUUCAGGCAAUGUCUACGCCACGGCUCUAUUUAAAGUAUUAAAUUCCUAUGCCGGAUGGUCCAAUGCAGCCUACGUCCUGAAUGAAGUAAAGAACCCCGUUCAUACUUUGAAAAUUGCAGGCCCGUUGGGUCUGCUUAUCUGUGGUGUUCUAUAUCUGCUCGCCAAUGUAGCCUAUUUCUCUGCCGCGACACCUCAGGAGAUCGCAAACAGUGGAUCAACCGUCGCCGCCUACUUCAUGCUCAAAGUGUUUGGGAAAGCUGCACAACGCGCAUUGAGCGUCCUUGUCGCGAUAUCUGCCCUAGGAAACGUCAUGUCAAUCACAUUCGCACAAGCCCGUGUGAAUCAGGAACUGGCCAAAGAGGGAGUCAUCCCAUUCCCCCGCUUCUGGGCAUCGAACUGGCCAUUUGGCUCACCCUCUGCCGGUCUCUUACUGCACUUCAUCCCAUCGUUCAUCGUCAUCGUGGCCAUUCCAUUCGGUGAUGCAUAUGACUUUAUCCUCGAUCUGGAAGGGUAUCCUUCAAGUGUGAUUAACUUCCUCGUUGUCCUCGGUCUGUUCUAUCUACGAUGGGCGGAACCCAAAAUACCACGCCCCUUUAAGGUGUGGUGGCCAAUCGCAGCGUUCUUCAUGGCUGCACAAGCAUUUCAGCUUAUUGCUCCUUUCCUCCGUCCGCCGGGUGGGAAAGGAGAUACUUCUCUACCGUAUUCGUUAUACGCCGUGGUUGGGAUCGGCGUGUUGGUCGCGGCGGUUGUUUACUGGGCUGUUUGGUAUAGGCUGUUGCCAUGGAUUGGGAAGUAUAAACUUGUUCCCCAGCACGAGAAACUGAACGAUGGGACAACAGUCGUGGUGUAUAAACGGGUGCCUAGAACAUAGAUAAUUCUUAUAGUUAUAGAGCCUUCGAUACCCUUCUCUUGCAUAUGUACAAAAGAAGGCGGGAAUAUCAAAGUCAUUU